AUGAGGGCUGUUACUUCGUUCGCCUUCCUUUCGCUCCUGGCUUCGGCUCAGGCUACUACUGGGUACUGGGGCUCGGAGAAGUGCUACUCCAGCCCAGGGCGCUCCUCCAACAAGUGUAACGACAACCAACAGAAGGGCUUCGACUGGUCGGACCUUUCCACUGGCUCGUUCUCAUCCUACGGUGGCUUCGACUUCUCUGGCUUCACCUGCAGCAACAGCUUCGGUGGUGCCAGCCACUCCAAGCGUGGGGGAGAAAUGCAUCACUGCAGUGGCUCCUCCAGCUCGGGCUCGUCAUCUCCUUCGUUCUCGUGCGGCUCAGAGGAGAGCGGCUUCUCGGUCACUCAUUUCCACAUCUCGACCGACAAGGAUACCGAUAUGAACAUUAUCUACAGUAUGCCGGACGGCUCUUCCUGCCGCAACACUGCCUCUUGCUCCUCCGCUGGAACCACCGUUACUAACGACCAGUGCGGUGGUGCUACUUCGGUCUCUUUCGAGCUGCCUGACAACAGCGACCACGACAGCUGCGAAUUCGGUAUCUACAGCGUUGGCUUCGACUGCACUCCUGGAACUACGUCGGCCCUGCCUUCGGUCCCGGCCUCCACCGGCAGUGUUUCCACUGCUCCUUCGGUGCCUUCUGCCUCCAGCCCUGUGGGCUCUACCUUGCCUGGUGUGCCUUCUCCCUCGGUGCCUUCCGGGACAACGCCCACUGCUGGCAUUACUCCUGGUGCGAGCACCCCGCCCAAGUGGACUACCUCCACUGUGUACAUCACCAGCGAGAUCACGGUCACCAGCUGUGCGCCUACGAUCACCAACUGCCCUGCUGAUUCUACCACCGUGAUCACCUCAACCAUUGCCGUCUCGACCACUGUGUGCCCUGUGACCGAGACGACUCCCGCUGCUGGCGGUUCCACCCCGGCUGCGUCCAUUCCUGCUGGAUCUACUCCUACCGUGACUGGCCCGAGCGGAUCUACUCCUACUGACUCUACUCCUGCUGGCCCUAGUGGCAGCUCGCCCGUUACCGCUCCUGCUCCUAGUGGCAGCUCCCCUCCCAGCUCGCCCUCUGGAUCGGUUCCUGGGGACUCCACUGUUACUGUCGUGACCUACACUACCACCACCGAGUGCCCUGUUACCAGCACUAUCAGCUCUGGCUCGUCCUCGACCGUCAUCACCACCAACACUAUCUCCACCGUUACUUUGACCUCGACCUCGACCGUCUGCACCAAAUGCACGGCUGGCGCGACUACAGUCCCCAGCGCCGGUGAGACUACUCCCACUCUCCCUGGUGCCACCACCAGUCCGUCUGGGUCUGUCCCUGGCGCUGGCGAGUCGAGCCCGGCCCCCUCUGGCACGGUUCCUACCAGCUCUGUCCCCACAGGUGUUAGCGCUGGCUCGACCUCGGUGCCUCCUGAGGAUUCCACCACUGUGGUCACCACUUACGAGACUGUUACCACCUGCCCCGUGACCCACACCGUGACCACCGGUGGUUCCACCAUUGUCGCUACCACCAGCACCGAGUCCACCAUCACCGUCACCUCAACUGCCACCAUCUGCACCAAGUGCACUGCUGGUGCCACCGGCACUGCCCCUGUUGGUUCUGGCGUGACUGGAACCUCGCCUGCCUCCAGCCCUGUCCCGACCUCCUCUUGCCCCAACGUGGUGCCCCAGUGCAUCAACACCUGGCUCAGCCUGGUUCCCAAGUGUACCUCCAACAGCGAUGCCGCGUGCUUCUGCCCCAACAAGGACUUCACUGACAAGGUCAUCUCUUGUGUCCAGGCCUGGGGUGCCUCCACGGAGGAGAUCCAGAAUGCUCUGUCCUACUUCACUGGUAUUUGCGCUUCCUGGGUUGACACCAACCCUGGCAUCGUGACUGCCAUCCCCUCCACCAUCACCCUGGUGCCCACCAUUGUCCCUACCGUGCCCAGCGGUGCCAGCGGUGCCACUGCCAGUGCUGGCAUGUCCUCCCCGGCUGUCACCUCCGCCCCCGCGGCCCCCUGCACGACCAUCACCUACUCGACCUACACCGUCACCGUGCCCCAGGUCAGCUUCGUCACCACGACUGCUCAGGGCUCGACUCCGACUGUUGGCCUGGUGCCCGCCGGUCCCAGCGGUGCUUCUCCUGCCAACACUGGCAAGAUCCCCUCCCCGGCCGCUGCCUUGUCGUCCUGGUCGUCCUGGGUCACCGCUGCCGUGAGCUCUACUCCCUAUGUCAGUGCCAGUCCCACUGCCAGCACCACACCUGUCUUCAACUCGGCCUCGACCGUGUCGAUCACCUCCAGCCUCCUUCUGGGCUCCGUGGCUGCCUUCCUUGGCUUGAUGCUGUAA